UUGAGAAGACGGCGACGAGGGGUCUCACUUCCGCCUUGGUGUCAACGGGGCUCGUCGCGGGGGGCUUGCAGCGCGCGCAGGCGCGCCGCGGGACCGAGCGAGCCGGGUGCCAGAUAACAAAUCCCAGGCCUGAACAAAAGGUCAUCUGGAAAGAUUUUGCUACUUGUGAAAAACAUCCAGAGCAUCAAAAGCAACUAUGCAUUAAAGGAAAGUAUUCUGCUGGUGCAGAAAAAUAUUACAGCUUAAGAGGAUGAAUAAUGAAGAGGAAUUCUAUGAUGCCGUCACAGGCUUCGAUUCUGACAAUUCUUCUGGGGAAUUUUCAGAAGCAAUUCAUAAAGAUGAUGUGGAUGCUGACCAGAGCAAUAGGACUGGAAAACACAAUGGAGAUGGGCCGGUACAAGAGAAUGGAAUCAAGAAACACAGAACAUCAUUACCUGCCCCAAUGUUUACUAGGAGUGAUUUCAGUGUCUGGAGUAUCUUAAAAAAAUGCAUUGGACUGGAGUUGUCUAAAAUUACCAUGCCCAUUGCCUUCAAUGAACCCCUGAGCUUCCUCCAACGAAUAACAGAAUAUAUGGAACACACAUACCUCAUUAAUAAAGCAUGCUGUCAUUCAAACCCUCUAGAAAGAAUGCAGGCUGUUGCUGCUUUUGCUGUUUCUGCUGUAGCCUCUCAGUGGGAGAGAACUGGUAAACCAUUUAACCCUCUCCUUGGAGAAACAUAUGAAUUAUUCAGGGAGGAUUUAGGUUUUAGGUUUAUUUCUGAACAGGUCAGCCAUCAUCCACCUAUCAGUGCAUUUUAUUCAGAAGGCUUAAACCAGGACUUCAUUUUUCAUGGUUCGAUUUACCCUAAACUAAAGUUCUGGGGAAAAAGCGUGGAAGCGGAGCCCCGGGGAACAAUAACGUUGGAGCUCUUGAAAAAUAAAGAAGCUUACACAUGGACUAACCCUACCUGCUGUGUACAUAAUGUAAUUAUUGGCAAGCUCUGGAUAGAACAAUAUGGAACAGUAGAAAUUAUAAAUCACAGUACUGGAGAUAAAUGUAUCCUUCACUUUAAACCAUGUGGGCUGUUUGGUAAAGAGCUUCACAGAAUAGAGGGCUACGUUCAAGACAAAAAUAAGAAGAAACUCUCAGUGAUCUAUGGCAAAUGGACGGAAUGUUUAUGGUGUGUCGAUCCUUCAACUUACGAAAACUACAAGAAGAACGAGAGGAAAGGUGGUGACCAGAAGAAACCAAAGCCGAGCGUUGAUCCUGAAAACGACGAAGCUGAUGAUAUGCCAGAGAUCCAAGAGACUGUGCAGGUCAUACCUGGCAGUAAGCUACUUUGGAGGAUAAGUUCUAGACCAGCAAAUUCAUCUCAGAUGUACAAUUUCACCAGUUUUGCUGUCAGUCUCAAUGAACUAGAAAAGGGAAUGGAAGACGCAUUGGCUCCUACGGACUGUCGAUUACGGCCAGAUAUCAGACACAUGGAGAAUGGAGAGAUAGAUCUGGCCAGCAAAGAAAAAGAGAGGCUAGAAGAAAAGCAGAGAGCGGCUCGUAAGGAACGGGCAAAAGACGAAACCGAAUGGAGGACAAGAUGGUUUUAUCAAGGCACGAAUCCAUAUAUUGGGACGUCUGACUGGUUAUAUUCGGGAGGGUACUUUGAUAGAAACUUCUUUGAUUGUCCGGAUAUAUACUGAAAUCUUGAACACAGUUGCUCCUUUCCCCAGGAACGGUAGACUUCAAUGAAUCCGGUGACUCUCUGGCUUUGUUAUGACCAGAAAACACCCUUUUCUGAAGCAGAAUUUCAGUGAAAAUUAUCAGUCACUGAUCAAGCACUUGUCAUUUAAUUUUGAUUGCCAAAAUAUUUAAGUGCUGUUAUUUCUUUCCCUGAAGCUACAACCUGAAAUAAUCAUGUUUCAGAGAAAAGGGGCUUGCAUGUUUUUGUUUGCUUCCUCCUAGUUAUUCUUUUAUAUUUUAUUUUUGGCCAAAAUUAACAUGCUGUAGCCAGUGGGGGGGAGGGGCACAGCAUUUUAUUAAAUGUGAGAUGGUAGACAUAUCAUUUCUUAGAUUUCAGCAGUCAAGGAUACCUUUUAAGUAUUCAUAACUUGGAGUAACAGUGAUGAAUCGGUACGAUACUAAUAUAGUUGUGGUCACUGGAGAGGUAUCUAACUGAGAAUUAGAGUGACUGGUAUUGUUGGGUGUCUCCUGAAUAGUCUCUGAUUUUAAAUUCUUGGCCACUGUAGCAGAAAGCAUUAGGCUUAAUUUGUAGUUUCAGAAGUUGUUACUUUAUUUUGCUUCAAUGUUUGGACACUGUGAUUAUCAAUUAAAUGAAGUACCUGUGAUAUUUAAACAAACUAUAACAUUUGAAUGUUGGGCAUGGUUUGUAGGUGUUCAUAACAAAACACCGGCAUGUCUGAAGUUUCAGAAUGUUUUGUUUUUAAAACACAGAAGGCUUUGGAGAUAACCUGGGUGUCACGUAUAUAUCAUGUAAGAAAAUACACCUUUUUGUUUUAGUUCAGAGAUGUUUUGCAGGCUGACAUUAUUCAGGAUUUCUCGGCUUAUUCACAAACAUGCACACCCUUCCUCUCUGGAUUUACUUGGAAUAUAUCUGCAAAACAUCCAUGUUUGUUUGGGAUUUUCUAAUGCACGUUCUGAAGCACUUACUGCAUCACAACUAAUAGUACAUUCUUGAAAAGCAAUUCUCCCCCUACUAGCUUUUAGCUAAAGCUAAGUAAUAUAAUAGAAGUGUUUGUGGAACUUCCAAUUGGUAUAAUUUCCUUCUGAAUUGAUUUUUUUUUUCAGAUUUAAAUUUGUCAAAGCCAUAUAAUCCUUGAGCUGUUUGAAUUGUGUGAGAAAAUUA